AUUGCUGUCCUCUGCCUUGCUCAAUCCAAAUUUGCGACAGGCCACAUAUCGUUUGCCUGAUGGAACUCUUGUAACUAGGACAGAGCCUGCGCCUGCACCUGCACCUUCCCCAUCAAUGCUUUCCUCUGCACUGUUGAACCCCAAUGUACGUAAAGCCACAUACAGGCUGCCAGAUGGAACUUUGGUUACAAGAAAUGAGCCAGAACCUGAGCCCCCUUCCUCUUCUAUGCUCUCCUCUGCCCUUCUCAAUCGCAAUGUUCGUGGGGCUUCUUAUCGAUUACCAGAUGGUUCAAUUCUAACACGUCCGGGAGAUGAGACGCAGAAUGCUGAGAGUAUAGUAUCAUCACCAGGGCUAUCUAGUGCCCUGAUGAAUGCUAACUUGCGUAAGGCAAAGUUUCAGCUACCAGAUGGAUCAUCAUUCUUUUCACAAAACCAAACUCAAGCUCCCACCUCUCCUCACCUUUCUGGUGCAAUGCUAAACACCAGCCUCCGUGGUGCCUCCUACAGACUCCCAAACACAUCACUAUUAAGGCAGCCUGGUUCUGCUGAUACCUCUGAGUCACGAUCCCUUGACCUUUCCAAUGCUCUCCGCAACCAGAACCUCCGAUCUGCCACCUAUCGUUUGCCAGACGGAACUCUGAUGACCCACUCUCAACCCGCUUCUGCACCCCAAACACUUGACCUGUCUAAUGCGCUAUCAAAAAACCCAAACCUUCGUGGGGCAAAGUACCGUCUCCCUGAUGGUAAUAUCAUGACACGGCUUGGUGCCCCUAGCACCCCAGAACCUCGCUCACUUAACCUUUCUGGUGCCCUACAGAACCCUCACCUCCGGGGGGCCUCUUUGCGCCUACCCUCGUAUGCUGUAGUGUCACCCCAGGUCCAGGGUUCGGGCCCUGAACAGCACUGGGCACAGGGCCCUGGAAUUGAAGGUUUGAGACUGCAAGAUGUGGAUGUGUGGGGUGCAGAGAGGUUACUGCCUCACGGGACAGUGCAGAACCUCAAUAAGUGGUCCAUGUAUAGAGAUGGGGAGUUGCUGGACCCCCAAAGCAUGAUGAGACAGGGACACAUGGGUCAUGAACCAGGGGAGUGGAAUCUCAGCAGGGAGGGGGAACCACAAGGGCAAUGGUUUGACAAGAUGUACUCAAUCAGAAGCUUAUCCAGCGUGGCUCUACGGGAGCAACGAGAGGAAGAUGGAGUGGAAGAUAUGACACAGCUAGAAGAGAUGCACGAAGGGGCUGUUCUGUUGAACUUGAGGAAAAGAUUUGAGCGGGAGCUUAUUUAUACAUACAUAGGUAGUAUUCUGGUGUCUGUAAACCCCUAUAAGAUGUACAACAUCUAUGGGACGGACAUGGUGCUGCUGUACAAGGGUUGUGCUCUGGGAGAGAACCCUCCGCAUUUGUUUGCCAUAGCAAAUGCUGCUUAUUCCAAAAUGAUGGAUGCCAAACACAACCAGGUCAUAAUAAUCAGUGGGGAGAGCGGAUCUGGGAAAACAGAGGCCACCAAACUAGUCCUUCGCUACCUUGCAGCAAUACAUCACAAAUGCAAUCUUGCGCAACAGAUUGAGAUACUCGAGGCAGCUCCUCUACUGGAAUCUUUUGGAAAUGCCAAAACUGUACGGAACGAUAAUUCCAGUCGCUUCGGGAAAUACAUAGAGGUUUUUCUAGAGGAUGGUGUGAUCAAUGGUGCCAUAACCUCUCAGUAUCUACUGGAAAAGUCUCGUAUUGUCUUCCAGGCCAAAGAUGAGAGGAACUAUCAUAUCUUCUACGAGAUGCUGGCGGGUCUUCCCUCGCAGCAGAAGCAGGCUUUUUAUCUACAAGACGCUGAGACCUACUAUUACCUCAACCAGGGAGGGGAUUGUGGGAUAACAGGAAAGAAUGAUGCAGAGGACUUCCUGCGUCUGCUUGCUGCCAUGGAGAUCCUUCACUUCACCCCUGAAGACCAGUCUGUCAUCUUUAGAGUUCUUUCUUCCAUACUGCACCUUGGCAACGUCUACUUUCAGAGAUAUGAGGCUGAUGGCCAGGAGGUGGCGUCAGUGGUGAGCGCUCAGGAGAUCAGAGUGGUGGCGGAGCUGCUGCAGAUCUCUCCAGAGGGACUACAGAAAGCCAUCACCUUCAAAGUCACAGAGACAAUGAGGGACAAGAUCUACACCCCAUUGUCUGUGGAAAGUGCUGUUGAUGCCAGGAUCAACGCUCAGGUGUACCCCCGCCAACACACCCUCUCCAUCUCUAUCCUGGACAUUUAUGGAUUCGAGGAAGAGUACACCCGGGAACAGAUCCCCUGGCAGGACAUCCCAUUCAGUGACAACCAGCCCUGCAUUGAUGUCAUUGCUGCUAAGCCUCAUGGGAUACUCAGGAUUCUGGAUGACCAGAGCUGUUUCCCACAGGCAACAGACCACACUUUCCUCCAAAAGUGUCACUAUCACCAUGGCCACAAUCCGCUGUAUCUGAAGCCAAAGAUGCCCCUCCCAGAGUUCACCAUCAAGCACUUUGCCGGCCGGGUCACCUACCAGGUUUACAAGUUUCUCGAUAAGAACUACGACCAGGUCCGUCAGGAUGUUCUGGACCUGUUCAUUCAGAGCAAGAACAAGAUGGUGUCAAACCUCUUCCUGGUUCAUGCAGAGGUCAUAGGUCAGCAGAGAGGUCACAUGAGGAAGAGCAGCACAGUCACCAGAAAAUACCAAGCUCCCACCGUCAGCAACAAGUUCCAACAGUCCCUGUUAGAGCUAGUGGAGAAGAUGGAGAGGUGCAACCCUUUUUUUGUUCGCUGCAUUAAGCCAAAUAAUAUGAAGCAACCAGGUGUGUUUGAGGACGAGCUGGUCAGCAGCCAGCUGAGACACUCAGGCAUCCUAGAGACCAUUAGGAUCCGUAGGGAGGGGUAUCCUGUCAGAAUGCCAUUCUACAUCUUCCUGUUCAGGUAUAAGUCCCUGGUGGGGAUACGAGAGCCUCCAGAGGCCAAUGGAGAGAACUGUGUGAUAAUGCUCAGUAAACUGUGUCCCCUCAGACCAGGAGCCUACCAUGUUGGAGUCACAAAGCUGUUUCUGAAGGAGGACAUCUACCAGUUGUUGGAGUGUAAACGGGAACGCACUCGACAACUUGCUGCUCUCACCCUGCAGCGUUACACCCGCAUGUUCUUUGUCAGGAAACGCUUCGUGGCCUUCCGCAAGAAGAUCAUCGGGCUGCAGGCACAAUGCAGAGGCUUCCUCACAAGGAAGCGCUAUGUGAAAAUGAGAGAGAGUCUGGUUCGGUUUCGAUCUCUUGUCCACAUGUACGUCAACCGCAAGCGAUACAUCAAGAUGAAAUUUGAAGCCCAGAGGAAAGUUGAAGAGGAGAGGAGGAGGAGAGAGAUGGAGCUGACCAAGAGGGAGGUGGUGAAUGUCACACACUUGGUGAUCCCUGCAGAGCUGGGAGUUUUACUGCAGACAGCAGGAGUAAGGAGGGAGUUGCACUCCGACUGUUUGGCUCUGCUUCAAGCUCCUCAUAUCCAGGAAGAGGGUCAGCUCACUCUGCCUCUGGACAUCAACAAUUACCCAUUCUACCGAUACGUACAGAUCUACUUCAGGGAACCAAAGUUUGGGAUGUUGAUGGCACCUCUAGAGUCACCUCUGACCCGUAUAGAAGAUGACCUGAAAGGAGAAGCUCUGGAGCUCUUCAUCAUGGUGUUACGAUUCAUGGGCGACCCUCACCUAAACGGGGCGCAGGAGAACAUGUUUGGGAAUUACAUCAUCCAGAGGGGCCUGUCAUCUCCAGGGUUACGGGAUGAGAUCCUGGCUCAGGUUGUCAACCAGGUGUGGAGGAACAUGAACUAUGACAACGCAGAGAGAGGCUGGCUGCUGCUGCUGGCGUGUGUCUGCAGCUUCGCUCCGUCGCCCAAGAUGGACAAAUAUCUACUGAAGUUUGUAUCGGACCACAGCCCUGCUGGUUGCCAAGCGUUGCUGCAACACAGACUCAUCCAAGCCAAUCAGAAAACGCAGCUAGGCUCAGGCUCCGCCCCCGAGACAGCGCGUACCUAUCCUCUGUCGCUGCUGGAGUGGACAGCCAAUAGGAAGAAGGCCAACAUGGUGUUGCACGUGCACUGUGUUGAUGGAGGAUCGUUCCUGUGUCCGGUCCAUUCCUGGACCAGUGGAGAGGAUUUAGCAGGGGACAUACUGCGCCACAGGGGAGUGUCCGACUGGUGGAGGGGGAGUUCAGUCCUGAUGAAGGAGCACGGCCAGUGGGUGGAGUUAGCGGGUCACGACUAUGUGAUGGACCUGAUUGCAGACCUGGAGCUUCCGAAUGAAUUCCCAAAGCAGAAGAGCUACUUCAUCAUCAGCACUGAUGACCCUGCACGAGUCCGAGCUAAUGCCAGCCUUGCUUUGUUUGGCAGUGGCUUUGACUCAGAUGAAGAGCUUCCUCCUGCCUUUCCUCUAAACAGCAGCAGCAGACCAGCCUACAGUCUGCCUGACUCUGACGGUUACUACAGCCACGAGUCGGAUGCGUUCAGUGAUGGUCAGACUCAGAGAGGAAUGGACCGCUACCUGGACAGUCUGUUUGACCCUGUGCUGUCAGACAGCAGCAUAGACAUGGAAAAGACUGGAAGUUUGUCAGCAAGAAUGAAGGGAGGAGGAGGUAUAGGCAUCACAGGAGGAGGAGGAGGAGAGGGGAACAUUCAUUCGGCCCCCAGCCGGCCUUAUCCACCAGGAAUACAUCCCGGAGCUGUGCCAGUGCUUCCAGUAGCAGGAGGAAUGAUGCCACCCAUCCCUGCUAUGCCAAUCCCCUCCCACCACCAUCACCACGAACAACACCAACAACAACAACAACAACAACAACAGCAGCAGCAACCUCAACAGGAACAGCAGCAACAUUACCACCAAUACAACCGUCCCCCACAACCUUACCACCAUCAGACUUCUUCUACCACUGCUCCUGCCACACGUGUGGCACCUACUCCGUCACCCACUCGUGCACCUGCUGCAGCCCCCGCAGCUGAUGCCAAUGUAGCUUCCCAUGUCACUGGUGUCCCCGGUCUGCCGGGGGUGACCUCACUCCCUACCACUUCUGUUGUUCCAGGCUUGCCUGUGAUGGCAGGUGUGCCAGGAUCGGAGCAGACAGUACUCACUCAACAGCAACAGGCUAUCAUCAACCAGCAAGCUAUCAUUCUGGCCCAGCAGAUGACUAUGCAGGCCAUUGCAAUCCAGCAGCAGAUGUUGUCUUCCUUCCCACCUGUUGCCCCCGCCCCCCAGUCACCACCCUCACAGCAGCAUACACCACUGCCACAACACUCUCACACGCCCAGCUCUGCCAAAGAGAGUGAAGAGUCGCCGUACAAGCCUGCUGCUGUUCAGCGAAAAAUGAGUCCGACACGUGGACCCCCUCCUGAGGAUGUGGUCCGAUCCAGUGUGAGUAACACAGAGCGUAUGGACCCCAGCCAUGACAUCAAAGACAUUAUCAAACAGCACCAGCCUGCUGGCACAACACCUUCUACUGGACCUGCCACACAAAAGAAAGGUGAUGGAAAGGUGUUUGCAAAGAAGCCAGACCCGCAUGAUGAAGCUAUGGAGAUCCUUAAAGAUCAGAUGGCAAACCCACCACAACCGAGUCUAAAGAAGCCUCAACCCUCCCAACAUCAAGAAGAGAGAGGACUUAAGGUUUCCAAGACCAUUAAGUCUCGCCCUGCAGGGCCAACCAGCUCCAGCAUAAGCCCUGCCCCUCCUCCAGUCGCUAGAGAGUUGCCAGUAGAAGAGGAGAUCAUUCAGACUCAACUCCACAGCAGGACCAGUGAUGAAUAUUAUACCUACUCCAACGUCCCCUGGAAACUCUUCAUGAGGAAAGAGGUGUUCUAUCCUAGAGAGACCUUCAACAAUCCACUGAUUCUGGAUCUGAUCUUCAGACAGGUUUUGCACGAUACCUUCUCUGAGGCCUGCAUCCGCAUCACCCAGGAGGAGAGACAGAAGAUGAAAGCUUUGUUUGCUGAGAGCAAGGUGGACCAGGUUUCAGGAACGCAUGAUGAGAACGUGAAGAAGAAAGUGGUUGCCAUGGCGAAAGACUCAUGGGACAUUUAUUUCUCCCGCCUCUUCCCAGCGUCUGGCAGUGUGGGGACAGGAGUGCAGGUGCUGUCUGUCUCUCAUAAAGGCAUCAAGCUCCUGAAGCUGGUGAGGAGCAGCUCUGCUGCCCCAGACUACUUCAGAGUCCUGCGGCCUUACAGCUACUCGGACAUCCUGUUUGUGUCGAUUCCAUCUAAGAACAUGCUGGAGUUCAACCUGACCAAUGAGAAACUGAUCCUGUUCUCCGCCAAGGCCCCGCAGGUCAAACACAUGAUCGACUACUUCCUCACAGAGAUUAAGAAGGACUCAGAGUAUGUGGUGGCAGUAAGGAAUUACAUUACUGAGGACAGGAGUCUGCUCAGCUUCCACAAAGGAGACAUCAUCAGACUGCAGCACAUGGACGGGCUGGAGGCCGGCAAACAUUACGGCUGCGUAGUGAGGAAGAAGGUCAUGCUUCUGGAGGAGCUAAAGAGAGACACUCCUGAGUUUGGCUGGCGGUUUGGGGCUGUGUAUGGAAAAUCAGGAGUGUUUCCCAGUGACUACGUCCGUCCUGUGGCUGCCCCGGACUUCCUGGUUCUCCCUGCUGAGCGCGUGGAGCCUCGAGACAGACAGGGACGAGUGGCUGCAUCCGCUGCUAUCGCCGUGGCGAUGGGCUCAGCUGUAGCUGCCCAUGAGCUUGACCUCUCCACGGAGGUAGUAAAUGAGAUGUAUGGAGACAGUGUGAGCGUCGAGCUGGACGAUCUGCCUCUGCACAGCGGCCAGUACCACAUGGCUGAGUUUGCCAAGAAGUACUUUAGAGAGGCACAGAGGAACAAAAGUGAUCAGAAAGCCAAAAAGGGGAAGGAGGGCAGGGACCCUGUCGACAUGGUCAAAUUCUCCAAGUCUCCAAUCCAGGAGUCUCUGAUCGACUUCUCUGACAGUGGGAUGAACAGAGUGGCUGCUGAUAUCUUCUUAGCUAUAAUGAAGUUCAUGGGAGACUUCCCGAUGAAAGGUCUGACUGAGCAGGACCUGGUCACUACUAUACUGAAGUUAAGUGGCGAGCAUGGUCUGAUAAAGGAUGAAGCCUACUGCCAGGUGAUGAAGCAAGUUACUGCCAACACCAGCUCCAAACCGGACAGUUGUCAGAGAGGAUGGAGGCUGUUGUACAUCCUGACGGCGUUCCAUCGCUGCUCUGAUGUUAUGAAGCCGUUUCUGUUGAAGUUUCUGCAGGACGCCUGUGCAACCCCCGGGAUGCAGUACCAAGGUAUUGCCAAGGCAUGUGAGCAGAAUCUGAGGAGGACUUUUCAGUAUGGCGGUCGCAUACAGUAUCCCAACAGCAUGGAGCUCAAAGCUAUGCUGGCUGGGCGGAGCUCCAAGAGACAGCUGUUCCUGCUGCCAGGUGGGAUCGAAAGGCACUUAAAAAUCAAGACGUGCUCUGUUGCUUUGGAUGUCAUCGAGGAGCUCUGCUAUGAGAUGGGACUACACAGGGCAGAGGCUUUGGAUGAAUAUGCUGUCUUUUUGGUCACACACAGAGGGCAGAAUGUGCGUCCCCUGAACAAGCGCGAGUACAUACUGGACAUUGCUACAGAGGCAGAGCCGGUUGACACCAACUACAGUCUGUGGUUCAGAAGAGUCAUAUGGAGUAUGGCGCUCAAACUUGACAACGAACUCUAUGUCACCAUGCACUAUAAUCAGGUGUUGCCAGACUACCUGAAGGCCUUGCUGAGUGUAGUUCCUCAGGGUAAACCCAGUGAACAGCAUAUGCAGCAGAUCGCCAGACUGGCUGCCCUACAGCACCGUGCCAAGGACACUAUCUACCUGCCCACCCUCCGGGAGGUGCAGGAGUGUGUCCCCUCACCGUUCUACAGCAAACAGGGUUCACAGCCGUGGCUGAAUAUGACAACUCAACACAUGCAGCAAGUCCAGCCCUUAAACCCAUACCAGGCCCGCGCACAGUUCCUUGGUCUGGUCAGUGCCUUCCCCAUGUUUGGCUCCUCCUUCUUCUACAUUCAGAGCUGCAGCUCGGCGUCCAUCCACGCCCCCUGCAUCCUGGCUGUCAAUCUGAAUGGACUGCAUUUUCUUAACAAAGAUACUCAUGAGGCCAUGGUGCGUUUCCCUCUGAAGGAGGUCCAGUCAACUCGCACCCAGAGACCAACUUCAGGCUCCAGUUACCCAUAUGUGGAGAUCAUGAUAGGAGACCUGCUCAACCAGCGCAUCACACAGCUACAGCUGGAGCAG